AUGGGGCGCGGGAAGGUGCAGCUGAAGCGGAUCGAGAACAAGAUCAACCGCCAGGUGACCUUCUCCAAGCGCCGCUCGGGGCUGCUCAAGAAGGCGCACGAGAUCUCCGUGCUCUGCGAUGCCGAGGUCGCGCUCAUCAUCUUCUCCACCAAGGGCAAGCUCUACGAGUACUCCACCGAUUCAUGUAUGGACAAAAUUCUUGAACAGUAUGAGCGCUACUCCCAUGCAGAAAAGGUUCUCAUUUCAGCAGAAUUUGAUACUCAGGGCAACUGGUGCCACGAAUAUAGAAAACUAAAGGCGAAGAUCGAGACAAUACAGAAAUGUCAAAAGCACCUCAUGGGAGAGGAUCUUGAAACUUUGAAUCUCAAAGAGCUCCAGCAACUAGAGCAGCAGCUGGAGAGUUCACUGAAACAUAUCAGAACCAGGAAGAGCCAGCUUAUGCUCGAGUCAAUUUCAGAGCUCCAACGGAAGGAGAAGUCACUGCAGGAGGAGAACAAGGUUCUGCAGAAGGAGCUCGCGGAGAAGCAGAAAGCCCAGCGGCAGCAAGUGCAUCGGGACCAAACUCAACAGCAGACCAGUUCGUCUUUCUCGUCCUUCAUGAUAAGGGAAGCUGCCCCAACCCCAACAACAAAUAUCAGUAGCCGUACGCCUAUACUCAACCAGGUUACACCUAGGGCCAAUUUCCUGCCUCUGCUGACAUUUCAGGAAGCAACUGACAAGAAAAAUGACCGUCCGGUUUUUGCAGCAUCUUCCCUGUGGCAGAAGGUGGGAGAGUGGUGGAAGCGGCAGCAGCGCAGCCGCAGGCUCGCGUUGGACUGCCACCAUGGAUGCUUAGCCACCUGA